AAAUAUUUGAGCUGUGUUUUAGAUUUAAAAAAAAAAAUUAUGGCUGAAACUACGACAAACUCGACGGACGAUCAAUCAACUGGCGGCAGACAAACAUCUGACGAAAAGGCUGAUUUAUUCACAAAAUACAAUGAACUGUUGCGACCCUGCAGUGUGUACAAAGACGAAUAUAAGGAGUGCAAAAGUAUUCGCGGGCGAUUCAAUCAAUAUUUCAUUUUUGGCGAGAGUUUGAAUUGUGAUCAAUGGCGAGACGACUACAACAAUUGUCAAAAGUACAGUUGGUUCAAUGAUAAGGAGGCAGUAAAAUUGGUGAUUCAAAGCGAAAUGCAACGCCGUGCCGAACGGUUGAAAUCACAUUUUGACAAUGAUAUAUGGACAAAACGUGAAAGUCCACCCGAUGAUUGGGCAAAACCAUUGCCAGCAUUCAUGGAAGAGCGCAACAAAAACACCUAUCUAGAUAUAAAAAAUCGAGAGUUGAAAGAACAAGAAGAAAAAGCUAUGCAAAAUAUCACAAACACAUUAUCAGAAGCGAAUAAGCCUAGUUUCUGUACGUUUAUGUAAUAGUAAUUCAAAUAUUGUUAUGGUUUAGUAAAUAAAUAAUAAUCAUCAUUA